AUGCGUCUUAAGACAGUGUUCAGCGCUCAGUAUUCUGCGGUUUUUGGAAUCUCCAAGCCCACACCGGGGAUGAAGAUCGGACAUUGCAACAGGACAUUUGCGCAUGGCUUUUCAUUCUUCAAUGCGGUGGGAAGGAAUGGUCAGAUAUUCUGGUUCGUAUUCCGUGACAUGGGAAAGGUAUAUGGCGAAAAGGACAUACCUCGCUUAGACCAAAGCAAGAUAGAGGACGAUAUGGCUCCCUUCUUUAAUAAGUAUGUUGCAGAAGGGGUGCGGUUCCGGGACAUAUUCGAGAACAGAGUCCGUUGCUCCCAUGUGCCUAUCGAAGAAGGUUUCUUGAACCAGUGGGUCUGGAAGAGAUAUGCAUGUAUCGGAGACUCAGUACACAAGACUACUCCUAAUCUGGGGCAAGGCGGGAACGGGGCGAUGGAGAGUGCCGCGUCCCUGGCAAAUACAAUCGUUGCUAUGGCGCAAGCCAGCAUAUCCUCCGACUUAUCCCUUCGUCGGAUUUCAGCCUCCUUGGAAGAUUGGGCUGGAUCCAGAUAG